AUGAAGGAACAAGUAUUCUGCGUGAUUCCUGAAGGCGUCGAACUUGACAUGUCAGGCUUCGACCCAUGUCUCUACAUCAAGACAUCGGACGGCCAUUGCGUGUUUAUACUGGUCUAUGUGGAUGACGUGUUGGUGACAGGAAGCUCACCCAAGUUGAUUGCACACACCAAGGAAGACCUGAAGACACGCUUCGAGAUGACUGAUAGCGGCAAGUGUGCGUUUGUUCUUGGGAUCGAGCUUUUGGACGGUGAAGAUGGCAGUGUGACACUAUGUCAGCGUCGGUAUGUCGAUGAUAUCCUCAAGCGCUUUGGCAUGGAUGAUUGCAAGGCAGUCGCAAGUCCAGUCGACAUGAGCUCUCGACUUGUUUCAAGUGAUGCAACUACCAAGGUCGAUGCUCCUUUUCGCGAAGCUGUUGGUGCGUUGAUGCACCUGACCACUGCAACGCGUCCGGACAUUGCGUUUGCUGUGGGCUAUGUGUCGCGGUUCAUGGAAAAUCCCCAAGAAGAACACUGGGUUGCAGUUAAGCGUAUCUUUCGCUACCUACAAGGCACCAAGACGCAUGGAAUUUGCUACAAGCCAAGUGCAAGGAUCGACUUCCGUGGAUAUUCGGAUGCGGAUUGGGCUGGUGAUCUUACCGACCGCAAGUCAACAUCGGGGUACACGUUCAUGCUACUCGGUGCGCCAGUGAGUUGGGGCAGCAAGAAGCAGCCAAGUGUUUCGUUGUCCACGACUGAAGCUGAAUACAUCGCACUCAGCUUGGCGAUUCAAGAGGGCAAGUGGAUUCAUCGUCUGCUUUGUGAGAUCGUGAUGGCUGCCAAUGAAGAAGGACCGGAACUCAUGAUUCAUGAAGACAAUCAGUCAUGUAUCAAGAUGACGAAGAACCCGGUCAACCACGGCCGUGCCAAGCACAUUGAUAUCAAGUACCAUCACAUCCGUGAUGAGGUCAAGCGCGGUGAAGUGAAGCUCAAGUAUUGUGAAACUGCGGUGAUGUUAGCGGACAUCAUGACGAAGGGACUUCAUGGACCACGCCACAAGGAGAUGACGACGGCUCUCGGGAUUCGUGAGCAUUCGGAUUGA